CUUCCUGUGUAGCAGAAAACGUUAUGGAAAAGUAUGAAACUUACGUUGUUUAUAAUAGUUUUAGUAGUUUUACAUAAUUCACAAGCGAGAUUAUAUCAUUUCAAAGGUAAUAUAGAUCCAUAUGAUAAGAAAUAUGGCCAUUUUUCCGAAAAGGACCGUUUGGAAAGCCUGGAAUCGGUUCGAAAAGUAUUUACCUUUGGAUACGACAAUUAUAUGAAAUAUGCAUACCCUCUAGACGAACUAAACCCCAUUUACUGUGAAGGAAGAGGCCCCGACUACGAUAAUCCAUCUAACAUUAAUAUUAACGAUGUACUUGGGGAUUACAUGCUGACUUUGGUGGACACAUUAGACACCCUUGCUAUUAUGGGAAAUGAAACUGAGUUUAAGAAGGCUGUUCAGUUGGUAAUUGACAACUUGUCCUUUGACAAACCCACAACUGUCCAGGUGUUCGAGGUGACAAUCAGAAUCUUAGGAUCUCUUCUAUCCACUCACCUCAUUAUAACAGACAAGGAGCAGCCAUUUGGAGACAUGAGACUAAAGAAUUAUAACAAUGAGCUGCUGUCGCUAGCCAAUGACAUAGCCUCUAGGUUACUACCGGCCUUUGAGAAUACAGCUACAGGGAUACCAUUUCCUAGAGUAAAAUUAGAUGAAGGAGUUCCAGAGAAUUGUGUGAAUGAGACAUGUACAUCAGGGGCGGGGUCAUUGGUGUUAGAAUUCGGUAUUCUGUCACGCCUAACUGGCGAUCCUAUUUAUGAAUCCUAUGCGAGGCGAGCCGUCAAACGGUUGUGGGAGUAUCGCUCUAACAUUACUGGCUUACCAGGAAAUGUGAUAAACAUACAGACAGGGCAGUGGCUGGGACAGAUGAGUGGACUGGGGGCAGGAUUUGAUUCUUUUUAUGAAUAUUUACUGAAGACCUACAUAUUGUUUGGUGAAACUGAAGACUACAAAAUGUUCAAAGAAUUAUAUGAGUCCAUAAAAUUUCAUAUGAGAAGAGGGAGAUUAAAAUGUAAUAAAGGUGAUGGGAACCCUCCAAUAUAUGUCAACGUAAACAUGAAGACUGGUGACACCAUUAACCACUGGAUUGAUUCGCUGCAGGCGGCGUGGACUGGAGUACAGGUAUUAAAUGGAGACAUUGAUGAAGCAAUAUGUUCUCAUGCCUUGUAUUACUCUUUAUGGAAGAAGUAUGAUGUUCUACCAGAGCGAUAUAACUGGUAUCUUCGUGUGCCAGAAGUAAACUUUUAUCCUCUUCGACCCGAGUUGAUCGAGUCCACAUACUUUUUAUACCAAGCAACAAAGAACCCUUUCUACCUCCAUGUAGGACGAGACAUUCUGUAUAACCUGAUUAACUACACCCAGGCUGAAUGCGGCUAUGGAACUGUACAUGAUGUAAAUGAUAAAUCUCUGGAGGACAGAAUGGAGAGCUUUUUCCUCAGUGAAACCUGCAAAUACUUGUAUUUGUUAUUUGACAAAGACAACCAUCUCAACAAGGCCCAGUCUAAAUAUGUGUUUAAUACAGAAGGUCACAUGUUCCCGAUUAGUAGUCGAUUUCGGAGAAAGCCGUGGGAAACUGACGAGAAGAAGACGUCAGACACUAAAACAGUCCUCAGUGUGGUUAAAGUCAUCAAGAAUUCGACAUUCUCCAAUUGUGAGACGGUGUCGGAUGAGCAGCGAUUUUUUAUGCCAAUGAAAAGCCCUUACUACCAACAGAUGAGGAGCGCUGUAGGUAAUGGGGACUGAUGAGCAGGCAGUUACCAACCUUUCUUCUAUACUUCAAUCAAAUUGUGACCAGGAGCGGGCUGGGUGUUUCAUGGCUUCCAAAAUGUUCCUGGAAAUUUACUCCUCUGCCAAACAAGAUGAUCACUCUGAGAUAAAAGAGAAAUCCACCAAAGUGCUAUAUGGUUUAUUUUUAACCCCCCCCCCCCCCCACUUUAUUUUUUUUCCAGUGUGAAUCAGUUUGAUACUUGCAUAAUGUAUUUUGGCGUAUAAAAAUUAUGGAAACUUUUACCUGGGAGAUUCUAAACUUAUUCAAGCAAGGAUGUGAAAACACUACAGUGACCAUUGUGGUCUCAUUAGAAUAAACGUAGAACAGUGAUAAAAGGUAUUUGAAGUUAAUGCUUUGAAGUAGGUGUAAGUCAUAAGGACUUUAAUAUUAUUUAUUCUCUAAAAUUUAUUUUAAGAACAAAAUUAAGAAGGGAAAUUGUAUAUAAAAGGGCAUUUUUAGAGUCAUUAAUUUACUGUGAUAAUGUUUGAAAAUUACAGGUAAGGCACUUUGUACAUGUAAAUCAAAAACAAUGUACAUUAUAUUUACAUCUAUUAAAAAUACAAUUCCUUAGAUUUGUUCUCUCUGAAAAUAAUGUGACAUUAACUAUGCUUUGAAAGUUUAAGGAUAAAUAAUACAGAGUGUUUUUCUUCCAAAAUUCAGAUAUCUUUUCUAAAUGAGAUGCUUUUCCUACAUAGGAAGCCAUAUUUGUUUACUUUUGCAACUUAAUAUUUAGCCAAUCCACAUAAUUUGAUGAAAAGUGUAAAAAAGCAACUUUACUUUAUAUGAGUUUUUUGACAAGUUUAUAAAUGUAUAAAGUAUCUAGGGACAUUUUAAAGAGUGUAUUUUUACAUUUACACAAUUUAAAUUUCUUAUUAACAUUUUGCUUGAAAAAAAUGUCGAAAAAUUGUCAGUGUAACUCUAUUGUGUGAGAGGUCUAUAGGAAAAUUUGUUUGUGGUAUGUAUAUAUCCUAAAUAAAAAGGAGGAGAU